AUGGCUGGAGAUAGUGAUCUCACGGUCACAAAUCCCAAACCAAGAGAAGGAGGGAAUACCGCAUCCAUACAGUGUCCGAUGCUUACGGCGACGAACUACACGGUGUGGGCUAUACGGAUGGAGUCCAUACCAGAAGCGUUGGUUUUACAAGUCGGUGGAUUGAAGACAGCUAAAAAGGUGUGGGAAGCUAUUAAAUCAAGAAACAUGGGUGCAGAGAGAGUCAAAGAGGCUAGGCUACAGACUUUGAUGUCAGAGUUCGAGCGUCUUAGGAUGAAAGAAUCCGAGACUAUCGAUGACUUUGGAGGAAAGCUAGCUGAAAUCGCAUCAAAGGCAGCUGCCCUAGGAGAAACAAUCGAGGAACCGAAGUUGGCUUUCGAGGAACGAGUUCGUGAUGAAGAUGAGAAUCAAGAAGAUCAAAGCAAGCUGAUGUAUGCCAAUACAGAAAGAAAGACGAAUCAAUCAACACAUGACAACCUCGAAUGGAAAUACCAGGGGAAGAGGUCGUGGAGGACGCUCCUUAGAGGAAGAGGACGAGGUCGAUCUUCUUAUGAAGAAAGAGAUACAUCGAAUGUUGAGUGUUUCCGGGCUCAAGAGGAAGAAAAUGGUGAAACCAAGAAAGCCGAUGAUCUCAUGAUGCAUGAAGUGGUGUACUUAAACGAGAAGAAUUGCAUCCCGAGUAACUUUGAAACCAAUACGGGCGAAGAGAACAUCUGGUACCUUGACAACGGUGCCAGUAAUCACAUGACUGGUGAUCAAAGAUACUUCUCUGAGAUUGAUAACUCAGUGACCGGGAAGGUGAGAUUUGGUGAUGAUUCUCGCAUAGACAUUAAGGGAAAAGGAUCGAUAUCGUUUGUGGACAUGAACGGAGAAUCAAGGAAGAUGUCAGAUGUCUACUUUAUCCCAGACUGA